AUGUUUUCGGUUCCACGGUUGUUUCUUCUUAUAGCUGGAAUUGUUCUGAUCUUGUGUGGUUCGGCUGUCUUCCCAUUGCUAUACUUAGGUCCAACAAAGAAUGUCCCCACUCUUUCAGAAACAAAAUCCAGCAACGUCCUUUCGAUGUUUUCACGAAAGACAUAUUACAUCGAAAUGAUGACAUGCAGCGCAUUCGCGAUAUUCAUUGGCGCUUUGGCUCUUGUUGCAGCGUUUCUGGAUACACAACACAAAAUCAUGUGCAUCUUAGUAUACGUCUUGUUAUUCCCGUUAAUCCUUGUUUCAGUUGGUAUGAUGAUUUUAUACGGAUUUUCUUAUUUCUGGCUCUUGACGUCCUCAGAUAAUCAAAUGGCUUCACAACUCUCCAAUUUCGAAGCCGCAUUCAAGUGUUGCGGGUGGAAGACAACACGUCCAUUCCCACCAUGCAAUUCUAUUGAUGGGUAUGAGACUGGAAAUACUUGCUAUAAGAACACUCAGGUCGUAAGAAGUGCGUCGCUUCAAGGUUUCAUCACAGGAGGAGUGUACUUGGUGCUUAGUAUAAUCAUCGU